AUGUCUGAAGCCAACAUCAAAAUCGCAUUACUAGGAACCGGCAUUUAUGCAGAGUCCGACUACGUACCUUCUCUUCUCCGAGAUUCGCAAAAACACAUCGAAGUAAAGAUCAUCUGGUCUCUGGACCAAACCGCCGCUGAAAGAUUUGCUGGUCAAUUCAAAGCCGCCGGUCAUCCUGAGCCUCAAGUCGUCAUUGGAGAAGCAGGUAUCGAGGAAAUUCUGAAUGAUAUUGACAUCGAAGCGGUAGUCGUCGUUUUACCAUUCGCUCAUCAACCUCCUUUGAUCAAACGAUUUUGGGCCGCAGGAAAACAUGUCUUGAGCGAGAAACCUAUCGAACGGGAUAUAAAAGCUGGUCUUGCUCUUGUGAAGGAAUUUGAUGAAAAAUGGAAACCGAAGCAUUUGGUCUGGCGGGUUGCAGAAGAUUACGACCAUGAACCAAUUCAUAAAAGAGCAGCUGAAGUCCUUGCAGACCCCGCGUUAGGUCCUGUUCUCUUCUGGGACCUCCAAAACCAAAAUUACUGCCCUGACGGAGACAAGUGGCAAGCAACAUCAUGGAGGAAUAUUCCUGAUUAUCAAGGAGGUUUCUGCCUUGAUGGUGGUGUUCAUUCAAUUGCUAUGCUUCGAAAUGUCCUCCCCAAUCCUCCGGCUGCGGUCAUUGCUUCGGCUUCUUUACACCGAAAACACACCCCACCACACGACACUAUCGUUGCUCUUGUGCUUCCGGAUUCGGCAGCUACUAAAGAGCCAAGCGGUUCUUCCAGCAAGCUUGAUAUAGCUCGUCAACACUCUGUCAAGCUUCCUGAGUCCGGGAAAUCUACUCCCGCCGGUACCAUCACGUUCACUUGGGCUUUACCCAACAUCGAGCCUCGACCUCCUCAGAGUCUUCAAGUCCUGAACGUCACAUGUCUCAAUGGAAAAUUGACAUUAGUAAACAGUGAGGGGACUCGUACGUUGGAAGUAAUCCCUGCUAUCGGUAGUCAAGUAGAAGCGAUCAAAGAGACAAGUCGUAAGAAGGGAGUGGAAGUCGAGCUUGCCUAUUUUGCCAGAGCAGUUCAAGCUACGAAAGCAGGACGCCCGGUGGACCCAAAGGAGGAUCUUGGUAAACCCAUAAACACUGUAUGGGACGUUGCGGUAAUUCAGGCAAUGCUCCAGUCGAACGGGAACAAGGUAGAUAUUAAACAGCUCAUAGCUCAGUAUGCAUAA